GGCAUCAACGACAGGGCCCUGAAACUUGGGCAACUACAAGGCCCUAACUAUAAAUAUCAUAAGUUCCUUACGUGCAAAGUAACAUUCCCUUUUUCUCUUUGCAUUAAGUCGCUCUACAUAAAAAAUGGCUCCUCCAACAACUACUGUCACUGCCCCAAGCUACCCCAAACUCGCCACUGUCGCCGUUCUUCGGUCUAAAGUUUUUAUUUUAAACCGACACAACCCGAGAUAUAAGUCCUCGGUUGUUACAUUAAGCUCAAGUUUGCAGGCCAAUCCUAUGUUGUCAAGCAACAGUGGUUCACAGGGUUUCUUGUCUUCUACGGGCGCACGGUGUAAGGCACUUUCGGCCUUAUCAUCACCAUUUUUAGGCGAAGAUGACGAUGACUUGUGGCGUACAACGAAUGUUUUACCUCUACGGUCGAGAUCUCUCUCUUUACCAAGAGCAUAUAAGGAUGACGUAUUCAAAUUUCGCUACCCUGUAAUAACCGAGAAGCCUGAAUGGUGGUUGAGGACUUUAGCCUGUGUUCCAUAUCUAUUAGCUUUGCAGAUUUCCGAUGCCGGAUAUUUUCUUCAUCCCUUCCUAGAACAUUGCGAAAUGUUCGAAAACUUGAUUUAUUUCGUCCCGGGAGCCAUAAAGAGAUUACCUCCAUGGUUCUCAAUGAUAUAUUGCUACUUUGGAUAUAUUGGAAUUGUGAAGAACAAAGAUUGGUCUCAUUACAUUAGGUUCCAUCUCAUGAUGGGCAUGUUACUGGAAACCGCUUUGCAGUUAAUAUGGUAUACGAGCAACUUUCUCCCGCUCAUACACUAUAAUGGCUGUUUCGGGAUGCACUAUUGGGCCGGCAUCGGAUUCGGCUAUAUCCUCGUGUUGUUUGAAUGUGUUAGGUGUGCUCUUGGUGGCAGGUAUGCCCACAUCCCUUUUAUUAGUGAUGCUGCAUAUAUACAUACUGUGUUCAAUGUAGGAGGUUUUCAGAGACCAUUCUAGGGGCUCUUUAAUGGGUUUGGUUUUCAAAGGACAAAAGCAAUUGCUUAAGGUUUAUUUGAGGAGUUGU